AAUGUCUAAAGAAUUCCAGUAAACAUCUUUAUAAAUUAAAGCAAACGAAUACCUGCUUUUGAAGUGUUCAUCGCAUUAUAAUUAUUGAUUGUUUGAUGAAGCUUUACAUUGGUUUAAAUAAAAGAAACUGGCCAUUGAAGUGUAUCUUGCCGUUACCUACUCAUGAAUUUCAGCCACACUGCAGGUCUCACGGACAGCAUUCAUAUAACAUUCAUAAUGACUUUCACAACUCUGAGGAACUCAAUUACUGCAUGGUGAAUUCUGUUGUGACCACAAUAGCUCAAUUAAAAAUAAAUAAAUAUCUGUCACGUGCCUUCACCAAAAAUCUAACUUCAGUGAUGAGAUUCAUAAGAAGCGUAAGCUCUUUAUGUGAAUAUCUGCACAUAUAUUCAUAGAUGAAACACAUCUUUUCUGCAAAUAGCCCAUCGCUAAACAGAAACCCAACGCCAGAAAGUAAAUAUUUGCUAUACUCAAUUUUCAUCUUACCUCGUUCUGUGCAGACAUUUGUAAAAUAUCAAUCAUUUUAUUUUUCCUCAUUCACUUAUCUUGCAAACGAAUAAAAGAUAUUAGGUCUGUUAGAAAUGAGAACCAUAAAUAUAUAUAUAUAUAUAUAUA